UCAAAUGUUAUCGCAUCUAAUUUGCCGGUCCCUACGGCAAGAGGAGAGCGUCAAGUUUCGUUUCCCUUCUUCCGGUUUCUGCUGUCAACAUUGGGGCCGCUCAGCGCUCAGUCAGCCAGCGCCGCUGCGGAGCUACGACGAUGUCGGAGCAGGCGACUCUGAGGUGCUCCAGUGGCCGAAACCGCGGAGGCGUACAGAGGGUCGAAGGCAAACUGCGAGCCAGCGUGGAAAAGGGGGAUUACUAUGAAGCACACCAGAUGUAUAGGACGUUAUUUUUUAGGUACAUGUCACAGGCAAAACACAGUGAAGCCAGGGAGCUGAUGUACAACGGCGCCCUACUCUUCUUCAGCUAUAACCAGCAAAACAGUGCCGCAGAUCUGUCCAUGCUGGUGCUCGAGGUGCUGGAGAAGUCAGACACCAAAGUGGAAGAGGAUAUAUUAGAAAGCCUCGCCAAGCUGUUCAGUCACAUGGAUCCGAACUCUCCGGAAAGAGUAGCUUUUGUGUCUAGAGCCUUGAAAUGGUCCACGGGAGGCUCUGGAAAGUUGGGGAACCCAAAGCUACACCAGCUGCUGGCUGUCACCUUGUGGAAAGAGCAAAACUACAGUGAAUCUCGUUAUCACUUCCUGCAUUCGUCCGACGGGGAGGGCUGUGCACAGAUGCUGGUGGAGUAUUCGUCCUCUCGAGGUUUCCGCAGCGAGGUCGACAUGUUUGUGGCACAGGCAGUCCUGCAGUUCCUCUGUCUAAAGAACAAAAACAGCGCUUCUGUGGUGUUCAGCACGUACACAGAGAAACACCCGUCCAUCGAGAGGGGUCCUCCAUUUGUUCAACCCCUCCUUAACUUUAUCUGGUUUCUGCUGCUGGCAGUGGAUGGGGGUAAAUUAACAGUUUUCACAGUGUUAUGUGAGCAAUAUCAACCUUCCCUGAAGAGGGACCCCAUGUACAAUGAGUACCUCGACAGAAUAGGACAGCUUUUCUUCGGUAUUCCCCCCAAACAAUCUCCUUCAUACGGUGGCCUGCUAGGAAAUUUGCUGAACAGUCUGAUGGGAGCAGGCGAGGAGGACGACGGCGUCGAGGAGGUCCAGGAGGAUAGCAGCCCCAUUGAGCUAGAUUGAGCUGCUGGCUUAGGAGGCGAAGAGCAAAAGAACACACUCUCAUACAAGUAUACAAACACGCAAUGGGGAAGACCACACCACCGCCACUAUUGGUCGGUGAGGUUAGGCGGCAGUUGUCAAACUUCCUCCUUCUCAAAUAAUUUCCCUCAUCCAGUCCUAGAUCACAUUGGACUGCAUCCAAAUAUUUUAUUUAAUCAUAACUUUUGUUUUUGACUCUGUUUUGAGUCUUGGUUUUGACACUCAUUACAGCAUUGUAGACACGAAGUUCCCUCCUUUACAGUGUUGUUUUCUUCUAGUCACCAUGCGGUGCCAAUGUAUUCCUGUUGUCAGCAUUUGUUUGACAUUUUUCACUUCACCCUUAAUUGAAAUGUCUUAGUAAUAAUUUAAAUUUGCCUGUUGUAGUUGAGGCAGUUUUUCAUCUGACAUUUUGUCCAUCAGAGGAAGUUUAGUAACUUUAAACAUCUUGCACCUCCAAUAAUCCAUUGUUGCUGGGCUCCUGUCUUCCAUCUCCAUGUGGACUUAAGUUGGGUGGCAAACGUGGCAAUGAAACACUGCACUUUGCUUGGGUGUUUGUAGGGAAAUAAAAAAGAAGGGAAGUUGGGUGAAAUGAGAUUCAGAAAAAAAAGUUUUUUUCCCCUUCACUAUUGGUCAAAUAAUUCAGUUUUAUUUUAUUUUUUAAAUAUUUCACUUACAGGUAUCCCAUCAUCCAACACAUUUAAAUAUUAGUCAAAGACAACACAACAACAACACCCCUUUCCCCCAUUAAAACAUAACUCUGGUUUA